AUGGCAGAUCCUUCAUUUGAUACAGGUCACCACACACACUUUGAUAUUGAGCUUGGAAGAAUCAUAGAUUGUGGUUUAAGAGAAAGCAGGACUGUAGAUACAAAAUCACUGUGUAUAAUUGCAGGGAAGUUGGUUUGGUCAAUCCAGAUUGACCUUCACAUUAUAGACAAUGGAGGGUAUGAUGAUGAGGUGGGUAUUGGAAACAACUCCCUUUGUCUCUUAUACUUUGUUAGAUCACACCCUUUAAUUUGCAAAAUGGAUCCCAAGUUGGCAUGGCAUUUUGGAUCCCUUUCAAAGGUGUCUCAAGAUGCAUUCACUGCAGCUAUUGUUGUGAGUAUUGCCUUCUCUUUCAUUCAUGCUUCGUUAGUUGUUGCUAUUAUGAAGACUAGGCUUAGAGCAAUGGUUGCAAGAGAUGAGUUCAUAAGAAGAAGAAACAAGGCUGCAACUAUAGUUCAGUGUCGAUUACCAUUUGUUCAUGAAAAAGUUACUGCGACUCCUUACAAGUUCGCCAUAUCAGCUCAUAUGACCAACUUGCUGAUGCACUCACCAAACCACUCACUCGUGCUCCAUUCCAAAGAUUACGUUCCAAGAUUGGAGUCUCCAGAUGGAUCCUCCAUCUUGCGGGGGUGUAUUAAGGAAUAA